GAGGCGGACGAUCCAGAUCUCAAGAGGCGCAAGAUGACUGCGGCUGGCGACCACCUGACGCUGUACCUCGACGCCAGCGCCAGCGCGCUCGAGUCUGAGUACCUCGCCAAGUCCACCGAGGCGCAUGGCUACAUGGGCAAAGCCAAGAAGCGACCACGCGCCGGGUCGCUGGAAGCGAUUCCAGUGCCCGACGCGUUCCUCGCCGAGAACCUCCGCGUGCGGCGACCACGUGCGAACACCAACUCGCGCGGGAGCCGCGGCCUCUCCAACGUGACCAGUACGUACAAUCAUUACAGCAACAAUAGUAGCUACGAGACCAUACCCAGCGUCGUCCAAGCGUAACAGGCAAUUUCAUCCACGACCACCAUUAUCAAUAAAUAUAACG